UGUACUGCAUUGUACUCUGCGUGCCGUGCCGCGUCCCCGGAGCUUCGAGAAACUACAGUACCAGCCGGAGCCGCUGUCACUGUGAGACCUGCUGCUGAGACAAACGAACCAUUUGUUGCACGAGUCUCAUCAUCAUCGUCGCUGUUGUUGUUCUGCUGUGUAUUUAUCUCACUCCGGUCUCCGACGUAUAUGAUGGAGCCUCGUGACACGUUCGAAAUGAACCGCUGUGUGUGUGUGUGUGUGUGCGCGCGCGCAUUUGGUGCUUCAGAAAACAGUCACGCAGCAUCUCAUGUGGACCAUAGUAACCCACUGACAAGCUGGAGAAGAACAUUAAAUGCUGCUACUUUUGAAAAUGUGGUCGUUGUCUAAGAUCUACUCUGGAUUUUUAAAAAAUGUUAACCACUGGAAGACUGACAACAUGAGUUAAACAGUUUGAUUCUGGGCAUGAAGAGAACUGCUGACGUAAGUAUACAAGGAGAGUAUACCCUUAAUGAAAAUGAUGGGCAAGUCAUCUCGUAAUAAGUUUUCCACUGGAGACCUGUUGUAGAGCAGUUCCACAGAAUGAAUCCUGUCAGUCAGCACCAAGAUGUUUUCAUUUCAUUUGUGAAAAAGGCACAGAAGAAAUGCAAUGUGGAGCCAUCCCAAGCACCUGGAUUAAAAUCCAAGAUUGUGGACAGAUAUUACUGUAACAAAUGUCGCUUCUCAUCCAAGAACCAUGCACAGUUCCGGAAACAUGUGUUGCAACAUGCAGAAAUGACUUUUUCUUGCUCCUACUGUAGCCAUGUUUCAUACACCAAAGGAGAGUCACAGCGCCACCUUGUCCUGCACACUGGUACGUUUCCUUUUAGGUGCCAGUUUUGUGAUUAUGGUGCAAUACGGAAUGACUAUAUCGUCAAGCACACAGAGCGAGUGCACAAGUAUUUUGGAGAAAGGCCGUAUGGUGUAAGAAGUAAAGCUCUUGCUUUUAAAAGCAUUCCUCCGUUGCCAUCAAAGGCAUGCAUUUCACCUUUGAGUGCAAAAGCAAGGGUUCUACCUAGGGUUGAGGACAAUAACCCCAAUAAAAUGGUUCGAAAAGACACUAUAGAAAGUACACUCCAUGACAGUGGUUUGUCUAAAGUCCAGGUGGAACUUUUGGCACCAUUAAAUGAACCCAUUCAGCAUGACCGACCUUUAACUGUCAGUUAUCCACCAGAACUGUCCAUACCUCCUGGAUGUUUUGUUGAACUUGUUGAAGUGAAAACAGUCAAUGGAACCAAGGAGCUGGAGCUGAAGUUAGUGCCUGAACAACCUAUUGAAGAUCAACCAGAGAAAUCUUUUGUGGGCAGAAUUAGGGAAUCCAUUAUGCAGAAUGUUGACGUGAUUAAGCCCUCUUUUCAUUGCAGUUCAACUUCACAAGCUGAAGGAGCUGUUUUGCCCAACCCUUGCUCACAGAACCAUCACAGGCAGCAACAAGACAGUUUCCCAUUGACAAAGAAAGUAGCAUCAGUUCCGUUGACGGAAUGUAGCAAGCAAACAUUGACUGUCAAAGAGGAACCUGAAGAACAUGAGAUUGAAGUUGGCAAAAUCCAAAGUGUAAUUUCCUCAAACAAGGAAAUAUUGAAAGAGCCAGGCAAGAUGUGCGAGCAUGAAAGAGCAUCUCUCAACUUAAUGAAGCUGGAGAAUCCUGUUACAAGAUUGCCGAACAAAGAUGUCAUAGACUGUGUCCGUCAGCAGGAAGCCAGCCCAAAAAGACUCCCAAGUGCAAGUGCUGUGAAUAAGCUGUUGUCUCCCAUAUGCAAGAAACCUGCAAUAACUGUUCCUUCACCUCAACCAGCAAAUCAUUCUCUUCUGAAACAAAAAGAAUGUUGUCCCACCAUUUCAGAUCCUCUUGUCUCGGCUGUUAGAAAUAUAGCCGAUGAGGACUUGCACUCUGAUGGCAUGCUGGGAAGCAGAGAAUUGCCCAUAAUUUCAUCUGUGUUUUCUCUCCGAAGCAGCUCUGAAGGUCUUGAUCCUUGUGUUAGUUGGGCGAGUACAAAAGAAUCCGAGUUGCAAUGCCAGCCCAUGUCUCUUCCUGUGGAGAACCCGGUUGUGCUCGAGUCUUUAUCACCUGCUGACCAGGACCAGGGAAUUGAUCAGAAUUCUUUGAAUCAUAGCUCUUCUCUAAACAUUGAAAACAAAAAAAAUCUUGUAGGUGCAGAUGAAAGGCUGGGAAGUCGAGGAAAUGCCCAGGACUGUCAGCCUGUGUUUAUUCCUCAAGGCUCUGUACUUAAGGUUUCCAACUCCACUGGCCAGCCAUUGUCAGGGCUACAAACUGCCAAAGAAAGUCUCAGUGCUGAAGGGAACUGGCUGCCAAGGCCUGUCCUUUCCUCUGGGGUGAAUGAACAGAAUGGACCCGAGGUAAAUGCUGUACUGCAAAGCACAGGCCUCAAGCUCUCUUUGAAACGGAGGCGAUCGGGAGCUGAAAACGAGGGAUACUGGAAGCAGCAAGAGUUGACAUUUGACAGGCAAGAUAACACGUGGAAGCUUUCAAAACACAAAAAGAAGAGGAAGAAACACAAGAAGGCUUUUAAUACCAAGGCCUUCUUGCCAGAGGUCACACAUAGAGAUGAGACUAAUCGGUGGCUUACACCUCUCAGAACUGACCAGCUUGUUCAUUUCCCAAGCCCUAACCAGCCAGUCGUUGUUCUGAACCACCCAAGGCCUCAUGCCUCUGGCAUGACCUCAGAUGUCUACAGAUUCAAGGUCCGAAAACACAACUGUUCAACAGAUUCGUGUUCCAUUCAACAGGUGCCCUGUGAGGCAGUGCAGACACAGUGUUUGUUGAAAAUAAAGCUUAAGAAAGUUAAUAAGAAAAGGUACAAAGUUGUGGGAUUCAUUUAUAGGGACAUUGCAACAAAGAGCUAGUUUCACAAGCUAUUGUAAUGUUUUUAAUUUGACAAAUGUACAUGAGAAAUGCUAUGAAACUGAGUGAAAACUUAAACCCUACACAAGUGUACCACUUUAUGGUUAUACAUUAUAUAUAAACUCCAGACAUGAUCCUUUUUUACAGGAUUACUAUACAUUGAGGAAAAAUUACCAUUAUGUAUACAACCCAACCAAAUGGGUUCAAUAAACAAAGACACAUUGUGUGGAUUUCUCUAAGUAACAGAUUUAUGUGUCUGAAGCAGUGCCCAUGCAUGCAUGUGAAAGUUUACUGCUUACGUUACUAAUCCUCCUUGGUCUUUGCUGCUUAAAGAACUGGCAGUAGUUUAUAGCCGUUUUCUGAACAAGUUAUUUAAUAAAAUGUGGAAUAGUCAAAACACUGGCCAAGAUCCAUGAGUCUGUUUUAUUUGAUUAAGAUGUGUAUCUAAUGUGAUUUUUAAUUAACUUCAGGUUCCUCCUGUUUUUUUUUCUGUGGUGCAGGAUCUCUUGCCAAAAUGCCAAACAUGACACUAAAACAGACCCAUAAGGAACUUCACAGUAUUGUAAAAAAGCAUGUGCAUUUUGGAUGUCAUGGAUGUCAACGUUUAAAAUCCUUAGCGAUGUGUUGUUUUUGCUCCAACCUCUUCCCUAAUUGUUAAUGUCAUUUUGACACUUUUGACUUUUUCUUUAGAAAUCUUAAAACAUUUUAAAGUGGCUUCAGUUGACUGUGUAUGAAGCAAAUGUUACAUUUUACUGAUGUGUUUUUACAUAUUGUGAAAUAGGGAUGGCCAGCCAUUGUCCUGCAGGGCUGCAAAAAAGCACUUUAGCAAUAAAUUUAAAUUGAUUUUAUUUUCACCUGGAGCAGCAGGUGGAGUGACUUCAUAUCAAAUUGUGUAUUACUAUGGUAAAUCAGUUAAUGUCCAAGAUAAUGCAAAAAUGCUAGCGUAAGCUGUAAUCAAUAAAUCUGAGUUAUUCCUGUUGAGGGAUAUUUGGAAAUAUAUUUCCACUGGUUUAUUUAAAAAAAUCAGUACUAUUUCUUUAUCCCCUUUUUCCCUUAAAUAUUAGUAAAUAGAAUACUAUGUCAUGGUAAAAUUAAUCAUGAGUCAGAGUAAUUAUGUGACUCAUUCUCAUGUAUUUAACCCUGAAGUGCCCAUGUAGUAACUUCAACAUCUGCUGUCUGUUGCGCAUGUCUGCUCAUUUUAACAUGGAACUGAAAUAUGUUCAUAUUGCUGUAUUGUAAGUGGAAGAAAUGCCAAAGUUUUAAUUUAAAGGUUGUCUUUCUGUCUGUGGGCCAGUGUUAAAAUGGGCUCAAAUUCAAGAACUGUGUGCAGUGUUUGUUCCCACAUCCUUAUCCAGACCAACUGAGCUCCCCAUGUGAAUGCUUUUCAAAAUUCUGAACAAGAAAAGCCUACAGCUGAAGACUGAAGCUGUGCAUUUUUGGUACGAAUACAACAGCGUAAAUAGCACGACUCAUUAAGCGCUCAACUGGACUAGUAAAUCUCGGGGAAUGGGCCCAGUGUGGCAGUGCUCUCCUCCUUAGUGCGGGAGGAAGAGCCACCUGUUUGACAGAGUUAGUGUUAACUGAUCCACCAGUUUGUGCCCAUGCUUUUCACCUGGGGUGAAAUAAUGUUUCUGCCAUCCAAUAUCAAACACAGUAACACUCUUUGGCUGUAGGUCUUUUUACACACUGAAAGUAAAUAAAUACUGGGAUGUGUGUGUUUCCAUUUUCUUCGUGAGUUCUCAGCCACACAUCUGAAUGUGCAUUGUAUUUUUUCGGCAUGUAUUAUUUGGCAUUAUCUGUAUAUUUUUAGGAAUUACAAAGGAGUACUGGAGAAUGACGCAGUGGGUUGGACCAGGUCCUGCUCUUCAGGGGGGUCCGGCCUUACGCGCCCUGUGUU